ACAUCUCUUAUUGAUGAAAUUUUCAGGAAAGCUCGUACCAAAACUCGAUAAAUCGUGGGAAGUCUGACAUGGUGCAUACAACCGGCUCAGUUCCAAUGGCGAAAUAUAUCAAAGAGGAGAUUGAUAGGACUGGAGUUGAACCUAGUCCCAUUGAAUGCUUCAAAAGGUUUCAUGUCUCUAAGGCCAAGAAUGAAGAGGGGGAACAUUGGAUUAGUGAGAAAGCUAAAGAUCUUUAUGAAACUAUGCAUACCCAAAAGAGGCUCGAAGAGGCAUUUGGUGAAGAAAGUGAAGAAGUAGAUGAAUGGGGCAUAUAUAAAGCUGUGAUUGGAGGGCCGAGUCACGGCAGAAUUCGUGGCUUAGGUGAUGGCAUGAUACCACCUAAAGAUGAAGAUGUGGACUCUUCUAGCCACACUUGCAAUAAGCGUCCAUGCAUGGCGCGUGAGAAAGAAUUGGAACAAGUGAACGAGAAAGUUACAACCCUUACCAACCAGCUAGAAGAUUUGAAGCAAGUGGUUAUGACUUUGCUAUCGAAGAACUCAACUCAUUCUGAAUGCGCAACAGAAGCACCAUCUACGGGAAAUACCACAGGGACCUCAGGUGCAAAUCAUGAAGACACAUGAUGAAUACAAGAAAUACUACUUUCUUGUUAUUUGCUAAUAUUAAAUAAGUACUAUAUGCUUAUGUUCUAUUAUUAGUUCCCUACUAGUUUUACGCUUAUUGUUAUGACUUUUCCUAUUUUGUAAGACUUGAUGAUGAAUGUCUUGUUUCAAAUAAAAUGUAGCUUGAUCUUCUUUA